AGAUUCCGCGUCCGCCACCUCGAAAUAGCCAAGUUCCCUAUCCGCGCCACCGUACGCGGCGAAUCUGCGAUGCUCCUCCUGUCCGCGGAUAGCCCCCUCGGCCUCCAAACCCUAAUCUCCGCUGACGCUGAUGCCUCCUCCAAGGGGGGCGGCAACGUGGCCACGCGCACGAUCGCCGCCUCGCCCAGCGUGGUACGUUGCCUCGCCAACGGCUGCGAAGCGGAUGGUGGCCGUGACGGGAAGGAGGAGGAGGAGGAGCGGGGCGGUGGUUGCUGGGUGUCGUACGGGUGGCGGCGCCUGCCGCGGCGCCUGCCGCCCGCGAUCCAGUCGCCCCGGCCGCUUGUGCGGGAGCGCACCGCCGACGGACGCCUCGUGAUCUCGCGGGAGGAGGCCGCGCACCGCGUCUGCGCCAGGAAGGUCGAGGAUCGCCGCCUCGUCCUGGAGCUCGUCGACGACGGGCGCGACGGCGGCGCGGCGCCCCCGUCUCAGCGGCGGCGGCGGUGGUCGCACCCGUUGGUCGGGCAGGAAGCCAAGGCGUCUGCAUCAGCCGCCGGCGAGGAGUCUGCGCGGGCUCCAACUACGUCGUCUCCGGUUGCUGCGGUUCCGGUACCGCCCGUCCCGGCCGAGGCGUGCUUCGAGGGUGCGAUCCGCGAGGCGUCGCUGCGUGAGACGCGGAUGAGCUUGCUCAGGAUGGUCCAUUGAGAGGAAUCCCAUCUUGCAAGUUGCAUCCACCGUCCUGUUGCAUGCGCUUAGAGUAAAAUUUUGCAGCCAUAGGAAAGCAAUUUUGCAGAGGAAAUAUUUUUUUUAGCCGUCGUUGAAAGGAACUUUUGUUAGUUGUUGUUAGUCACCGUCGAAUUUGGAAUCGUAGGUGUGUGAGUGUGAGCCAGAUCAUCUCAAUACCCAGAUUAUAGCGAGAGAAGCAUAGCAAAUUAGCAAAGUUCAUCAGUUUGAUUCAUUGUAGUUGUAGAGAUUGUGCCAAGAAGUUCCUUCUGCUGGUGCUUUGUUUACAGACAUAAUUGUUUGUUUGGAUAACUGAUUACCAGGCAUGGAUAACUGAUCUACCUGGUGAUGGACUUGAGGUAUGGCACUCUGUGAUGGACUUGAGGCAGGCCCAGCUAUUGCGUUUAACAAAAUAUGGAUAUGCAUAUAGAUAUGACUCUGCAUGCGUGGAAGAAAGGACAGAUAAUGUGGAUGGACAACAAUAAAACUCUGAACCGAAUGUCUCAAAAGUUCUCAUAUGGAUAUGAGUUUGGCUGACUGUGUGGAGAGUGUGCAAAGAAGUUGUACCCGGACAUAGCUGUUUGUUUCUGGCGAAGAGAGACGGAUAACUGGUACCAGGUGGUGUAUUGGUAUGACACUGACUGAUAUAUAGGGUUUAAGAAAUCUUGCACAAACAGUCAAAUUCUUGGAUGACC